AUGAUUGAGGAACUCCAAGGAGCAAACAUCUCACAUACAAAAUUCUUAUUUAUGGGAUUUCCAGAGAUCUACAGACACAGACGUCUGCUUUUCCUGCCAUUUUUUCUAAGUUACGUUUUGGUUGUGGUGGGGAAUUCUUUGUUACUUUCUGUGAUCAGAAAUACCGAAAGUCUUCACAGUCCUAUGUACAUACUAGUGUCUGCUUUGGCGGUUGUCGACAUCAUUGUACCCACUGCCAUUAUCCCAGCAAUGCUUCUCGGUUUCCUCUUUGACUUGAAUGAGAUAUCUUUAACCGGAUGUUUGACACAAAUGUUUGUUACUCAUUUCUUUUCUUCUGUAGAAUCCACCAUACUUUUAGCUAUGGCUUUAGAUCGCUUUGUGGCCAUUUGCAAGCCAUUACAUUACACUGAAAUCAUGAACUCAUCCAUGUUUUUGAAAGUGCUUCUUUUCACACUGAUCAGGAGUGGCACUAUAAUGUUUACACUGGUCGCUUUGGCUGCACCUCUGUCUUUUUGUGAGUCUAACAUUAUCCAUCAUUGCUACUGUGACCACAUGGCUCUUGUUAGCUUGGCCUGUGAUUCAAUAAGCAAAAAUAAUGCAAUGGGAUUGGUUGUGAUUAUCUGUUUUGUGGGAAUUGACAUAUCUGUUAUUUUCUUCUCCUAUGUAAAAAUCUUGCAUGUCGUGUUGGGGGCUGCAGCCGGAGAGGAUCGUUGGAAAGCAUUUCAUACCUGUGGUACACACUUAAUGGUUAUGAUGUGCUUUUACUUUGUAGGUAGUAUUACUUUUCUCUCUCGAAAUCUUAACAUUCCAAUCCCAGUUGAUGUUAAUACCUUUCUGGGUGUGAUGUAUAUAGUAUUUCCUGCAAGUGUCAAUCCAAUCAUUUAUGGUGUGCGGACAAAAGAAAUAAGGAAUGCUUUAUUGAGAAUGUUCAAAACAAAUAUUAAUAGAGUUUCUAUUGUAAAGGUUUCAACGAUAAAGAUUUGA